GCGAAUCGAGUUUUUAGUCUCAAAAGCAGGCAGCUGCGCUCUAUACUUCUCACCUAGUAUUCCUAUCGCAAGCGACAGUAACAUCGACUCUGUUCAACACGAAAACUUAAAGGAUGAACAAAACGCGCCCCUAUUUGCCCAAGGGCUCGACCGACUCGCAGCCCAACGCAGGGUACAAAGUGGAGAAGUUGUUGGCUCAGUUUGCACAAGAAACCGAAAUGAUGGAAGGCGAGAAUCAACCUCCCGAAAAUGAACCAUCUGGAAAUGAAUCCCAAGAAUAUGAUGCUGUGGAGAAUGAAUCUAUUGGAAACGAAAAUCGAUGGAGUGAACCGCCAUGGAAUAAAUAUCCUUGGAAAAAAUCAGCAAGGAAUGAACAUCCUUGGAAUGAAUUUCCUGGGAAUGAACCAGUCGAGGAUGAAUCUCCUGAAAAUGAACCUCUUGAGAAUGAUUUCGGUGGGAAUGAGAAUACACCUUUUGGGAAUGAACCUCUUAGGCAUGGACGUGGCCGCGAAUAUAUACCUUUUAAAGAUGACGAAGCGCUCUUCACACUAUCCCAUUUAACAAAGCCUAUAGAUAUUUUGCUGGAGUACAUUCAGACAAACGAAUUUGCGGAUAUCAUCAUCACUAUUGACGAUCAUUCGUUCGUGUGCCAUUCGGUAAUACUAUGCAUUUACUCGCAGCUCUUGCUUACGAAGAUCUUAGAGCUCCCCAUAGGAGAGGAUCAAAUUGUGUUCGACGAUGUGGAGUUGACUCCAAAGGGUUUCAGCGACACAUACGCAUGGAUGAUUUCGUCGGAUGGCACACCGAAUGUUGAUAACCUACUGGAAAUGCUGAGGACUGCGUAUUUUCUGAAAAUAACCGAGCUGCUCGAGAUUUGCUGGAAAAUUCUGGACAAGCACUUGUACGAUGAGUUCUCAGCGUUCAACGUGCUGUACGAACUGCGAGGGGCCACUGAACUAGAGGAAUUAUUCGAAUCGAUGGCAGGACGUGUUUCCAGAUCAACCAUGGCAGUUCUAGCCAGCCGGGAGUUCAUGUGCCUUGCUGAGGUGCAAGUGUGCUGCCUUCUGAAGUCCAGUGGUCUGUCGGUCAACUCGGAAAUAGAGCUCUUAUAUGGCGCCCUAUCGUGGCUUCUAUACGGCUGGCCAGCACGCCGUUCUAGCACUAACAGGAUCUUGAAAAACAUUCGCUAUGGCUACAUCUCGCCCACGAUGCUGAGCAAAUUAAAAACCCUGGAGCAAAACGAAAUAGGUCCCUUUAGUGAGAUUCUACAGGAGUUCAGUCAGUCGCCCGACUUCAUGCCCCUCGUCCGGGAUGGACUGUUCAACAGCAGUCUGGUCAUAACCGCUUACAACGAUCCCAGUUGCAUCGAGGACAAUGAGGAGUUCAAGCAGGCCAAGGUGAUGGAUCCUCGCAGCUGGAUCAGCGAUCGCGCGUGCCACUACCAUCGCCCCGUGACCACGAUGUGUCCGAACAUGCGCUACAUAGCCUACAAAGACUUCAGUGACUACCUGCAAACCCUGCGUGAGGGACGCCCUGAUUUUGACAAGGACAUAAAGUACCCCGAUGAUAUGAACUAUGCCCAACGGAACACCGAGUGGCAGAUGCAGCGGGAAAUCAACAAGAUAUCGCUCUACAGCCGGGUAGUAUCCUUCGACAAGGAUAAGUACAUCAAACAGGUGCGAGACGACUACUGUCGCGACCAACACGGCAGUCUGGGAAUACAAGAUUCAGGCCAGGUCGAGGAAACCAGUGAGUUGGACUACCUUCCCCGGGGAACAUAUGACUACUAUCAAACGGAAGACCAUUCAAGUCCGUUGGACGAAAGUAGUGAGUUGGAAGGCCUUCCUCGAAGGAAUUCUUUCAUCGUUUAAAUUGAAAUCUCUACUCUCACAUGUCUCGUACUUCCUUGCUACAAAUAAACCAUCCUGUGUAUAUUGUUUAGGUGAA